AAAUCAGAUUUACUGAAAGUGAGUGAAAUUCAUAGGAUGGACUAGGAGGCAGCUUGGUUUAGGUGCUAGAAAAAUCUUCAAGACUCUGAGAUUCUUUAACACAUAAAACUUUACUCUUCUACUGAAAUACUAGACUCAGGUUCAUGACCAAAGCCAGCAUUUCAACUCUAAUUUGUAAAAAUUCUGCAGAAAGUAAAGGAACAAUGGCACCAAAAAGGGAAUAGAGACUCAGAGAGGAUAUAUGGAUUAUCUAAAAUGCAAGGCAUAGCAAAAAAAAUCUGACUAAAGAAAAUCAUAAAAUAAAAAUAUCAGACGUGAGAGCUCAUGUGCAUCUUUAUGUCCUGCAAAAUAAUUGUGCUUGGGAGUUCUUGUAUCAAUAUCCUGUUGUCUUGAAAAUUACUGAUAGGGAGAACUUCAAAUGAAUCUACUAGUGUGUGACAAUUUCAAAGGUGAUUCAUGAUAGGAAAGUAAGGAUAGGAUGGACAGAUAAGAAACAAUAGGACCAGAAUAUUCAGGAGAUAACUUCCAGCAAGCUGUUUAAAAGCAAAAACAUAUGCCUAUGACGGUAUAAAAAUACUUAAGAUAAAUAACUGCAUGAUAUAUCAUUAUGUUGUUGAAAUUAAGCUGAGAUUAUAAAUUCGCCUCAUGUGUGACUAUAUAAUAGAUUGUAAAUAUCAGGUCAUGUUCUAAUUUUUCUUAGAAUCUUGACUUAAGUAGUCCAUUUGACACAAUGUAUUAUUUUUACAUGACUUUAAAUAUUUUCAACUUGGAAUUUCAAGUUCCAAGAUUUGAUUUUCUCUACUUUAUCAUUCAUAGGACUAUUUAAAAGCUAUAAAAUAUAUAACAUAAUUAUUGAUGAAACAUACAAAGAUGACUCAGGCAAGAUUCACCCCCCCAUAAUUUUUUUGGAGGGGUGAUAAUUAAAUAAGUCAAUCUGCUUUGCAAAUUGUCAGUUACAUGAUAAGAUCUCAGUCAAGCAUAGCUAUGCUGCUGCUGCUGAUUAUCAGUGUCAGUCUCAUUUAUGCAUCUCUAAUUCUAAUCUAUUGAUUAUAGGCACAUUUUCUUAAAUCUAUGCUUGUGGAAAGUCUUGGUAAAUAAAGAAUAGACCAUAAAUAAAAUGAUAGAAAUAGCAUCCGGAAUUCACAAUCAAAAUUUUAAUUUAAUUUUUUAACAUUUGGUAAACUGGAAAAUGUUUUUGUAAAGGAAUAUUUUAAAUUUUCCACAAAUAAGGCUUGCCAUAAAUAAGACUUUAUCAAACAUAUUGAUUUGGAUAAAAGAAGGGGGCCCACAACUUUAAAAUUCUUAAAAAGAUAGGCAAAGGAGUCACUGAAGGGCAUAGAUUUGUAAAAUCUAUUUCAAACCCAUUUACAAUGAUUAUUUUUAUUCAGAGAGUCCUAUUGGGAGACUCCCUUGCAAAGGCAUGUAGUAAAUGAGAACACUUUGAAAUGUAAAAAGUGCUAUAUAAAAUAAACAUGAAGAGCUGUUAGAUUUUCUUAUACUACAGGAAUAGGAAAAUUGUAGGAAACAGAAGCAGGAAAGUGACAGAAAAGAGUAGAGUUUUUUUGUUUUAAAUAGUAGUAGCAACAGCUCAAGAAUAGAGAAAAAAGAAAAAGUUAUAGCACCAUUAUUCUUUAAUGUGUUAAGAAAUGUGUAUAAUACCAGUGUUUGAGUAAAAAGGGAUAUUCCUUUAAAACUUUUUUAAUCCACUGAAAAUGUGAAUAAAAGGGAGUACAUCUUACAAAUUUGUUUUGUAAUCUCAGGUUCUAUGGGAAGAAAAGCUCAUUAAAUACAGAUAUAUCUGCUCCUCAGUAUAAAGAUGGAUAAUUUAUAGUGGUGGACACGUGAGUACAAUUGCUUUCAAUUUUUUGGCAAAAAGAUAAUGUACAGAUGUUAUAUUACUUUAAACAUUUUUUGUCACUAAUACUGUGUAAAACCUUGCCUAUAUAGUUUGAUGUUUUGCACUUGAAACAAUUAUUUUAUUAGUAUCAUAAUUAUGAUCAUGCUCAUGAUAAUUAUAGCUACCGUACACUGAGCAAUUAUACGAGAUCAGGAACUCUUUGGUUUUUGUUUGUUUUAGUAUUUUCUCUGUGCUUUCACAUUUUCUCCAACAAGGAUAGGUAGGUUCUAUGAUUCCCUCCCCUCCAUUUUCCAAAUAGAAUAUCUAAAGGAAAAACUAAGGUAAUAUAAGAAGUUAAAAUAAAUUUCUUAAGAUCUUGUGACAUAAAGUAGCUGGACAAGCAUUCAAAUUCAGAGAGCAAAAGAGAAAGUGGAAAGGAGGAAUGAAGAAGAGGGGGAGAAGGAGAUUGAAGGAUAGGCGAGAUGAAAGGGAGUGGGAGAAACAUGGGAAAAAGGUAUUCAGAUAAAUUGAGAUACAGACACAGAAAGAAGAGAACAAUAUGUAAAGAAAGAAGGAGAAAGAGAACAUGAUUGAACUAUGAUGUAUCUAAAAGCUAUGUAAUAAAUGUUGUAAAUGUACAGUCUUUGAGAGCAAAGAUGAAAUGAUCUUAUACUAUUUAGUAAAGUCAUUUUCCCUAAUAUGUGUGUUUGAUAUAUAUUUUACAUGUUACUUAUAAUUCAGAGUUCUAAAAAACAGCACAUGAAGAUGCAAAAGAGGAAGACAAAAAUAGAGUAAAUGAGUGAUGAGUAUCAAAGAUUAAAACAGGUCCCUAAAUCUUGUAUUGUUUUCCCAAAAUAAGGAUGCCACAUUUCACCUUUGAGUAAAAAAUAAUCAAAUAAUUCAUACUGUCCUUCUUCCUCUUCCUGUCUCUGUACUGGAACCAUCACAGGCCUUCGAGCAACUGGUUUUGAACCAUUCCUGAAGAGGCUGUUGCUCCAGAAGCUAUGUUCACAAUUUGCAAUGACAGCCAUAGUGAUUUCAUCCUCCUGGGCUUUUCUGACAAGCCGUAUUUGGAGAAGAUACUUUUUUGGGUAAUUCUGAUCUUUUAUUGCUUGACCACUGCAGGAAACACAGUCAUAAUUCUUGUCUCCUUUAAGGAUCCCAGACUCCACAUCCCAAUGUAUUACUUUCUUUCCAACCUUUCCCUGCUAGAUCUUUGUUUCACCAGCAGCUGUGUUCCACAGAUGUUGGUUAAUUUCUGGGCUCCAGAGAGGACCAUCAGUUACAUUGGCUGUGCCAUUCAACUUUAUGUUUUCUUGUGGCUUGGGACCACUGAAUGUGUGCUUCUCGUGGUUAUGGCUGUGGAUCGCUAUGUGGCAGUGUGUCAUCCACUACAAUAUACCACUAUUAUGCACCCCAAACUUUGUCUGCAGCUGGCCAUCCUUGCAUGGGGGACUGGCCUGAUUCAGUCUCUGAUCCAGUCUCCUGCUACCCUCCAGUUACCCUUCUGCUCCCAUCAGAGGGUGGAUGACAUUGUGUGUGAAGUUCCAGCCCUCAUUCAAGUCUCCAGUGCAGAUACCAACUCCAUUGAAAUCCAGAUAUUCAUAGCCAGUAUUGUUCUCCUGGUGGUGCCCUUGGUCAUUAUCCUUUCCUCCUAUGGUGCUAUUGCUAAGGCUGUGCUGAGAAUAAAGUCAAUUGCAGGGCAGAAGAAAGCAUUUGGCACCUGCACUUCUCAUCUUCUUGUGGUCUCUCUCUUCUAUGGCACUGUCACAGCUGUCUAUCUUCAACCCAAGAGUCACUAUGCUCAUGAACAAGGCAAGUUUCUCACCCUUUUCUACACUGUUGUAACUCCAACUCUUAACCCGCUCAUCUACACUCUAAGGAACAAAGAGGUAAAGGGGGCACUAAUAAGACUCAGGAAGAAGACCUGGGAUAUUCGGAAUAACUAAAGAGAUUGACUUUUGCUUAAUCUGAGAAGAGAUAAUAGCCUCAUCAUAAAAAUCUGAAGAUAAAUCUUCAAACCCUAAAAUAAUAAAGAACUGCAUUUUGUUUAAGUUGAGAUUUCAGUUCCAUCCAUCAGUCAUCGACCAAGGCUUACUUGCUUCACAGUGCUGAUUUAGGCACAAUACAGUAUAGAAAUGAAUAUAUUUAAUAGUCAUUAUAUUAAAGAGUUACCUAAUAUGGUUGAAUUUGGGCAACAAAAGAAAUAUAAGCUUGCAAAAUAAAAGACCAAGUAGAUGUCUCAUGCCUUUCCAUUUAUUUCUUUUUCCUUUGUUCUUUCUAUUUUCCUCCAAACCCAUCCACUACUUUCUUCCAAAUAUCUGGGCCCAAUAAGGCUCCUAAAAUUUUCAGAGACUUUUUAAGAAACUCUCAGUUAAUGGAAUUGUGGUUCUUGGUUCUGAGUUACUUCUGCCUCCUUGCCUCAGUAUGUCCUUUUUAUGAUGUGUAAUGUUCAUUCAUUUUAGAGAUAUUUAUUGUUUUUUUUAUUAGGUAUCUAUUAUGUGCUAGAUCCUGGGUAUAAAAUGGUAAUUAAGACACAAAAAAUCAUUAACAUCAUGGAGCUUAUUGUCAAAUGGUGUACAGAGAUAUAAACCAAAAUAUUUAAAAUUUAUCAUUUUACUGGAGAGAGAUUUGUUCUUCAACACCUGCCUAGGGCUGAUUACCAUGCCACAUGCCUUUGACUUUUGAAUAUUAUGUACAAAAGAUUUAUUUAUUGAUGCCUUUUAACUACUGCCUAUGCUCUAGUUUGUUUCAAUGAAAUCAUGGAUAUAAAUUGUUAACUUUCCUGUGUGAUUGCUAAUCAACCGUGCCUACCAUCUGUUAGUGCCUAUUUCAUGUAUCAAUGGAAUUAGUAUGAGGUCCUGUUCCAUCCCAUUUUUCUGUACUGAUGAACUAUACCACUUGUCUGAUUUGGAGAUUUCAUAUCAAAAAAUUUAAACUUGAAUUCUUAUUUGCAAACUUAAAAAAGUAUUAAGUUACUCAAACCAGCACCAAUGUUCAGAAGUAAUAACAGCACAAUUACUAUGAGUAUGUAACGUAAUUUCUCGCUAUCAAUAAGAGAACAAUGGUUAUAUAGUAAUUUUGUUAUCCUUUCAUUCACUAUAAGGAAUUAAGGGAGUAAUUGAGAAGAAAUCUAAAAGGACAGAGUUUAUUUUAUGACAUUGACUUUAAGAUUGUAGAGCUGGGGCAACUCUAGGGGAUGACUAGGUUCAUGGUAUGGACAUAGGAACAAGUAUCUGAGGUUGAGAGGUAACUACUUUGGAGAUGGAAACAAGGAUGCCGGCAUAUUCAAGAGUUCAUCUUACUUUUGAUAUAGCCUAUAAUAACACCAAGGCCUUUAGUAUAGAAGAAAACUGUGCACCUGAUGCCAAAAUAUAAAUGCAUGGGAAGGAGAGCGGUUAUGAUACCAGUAAAUGACUGUAGCAAGAAUGAAGAAACACAGUUUGUCAAACUUUAGAAUUCAUAAGAUUCACAUGGUGCACUUGUUAAAAAUUAAAGUACUUGUGUUUAAUACUCAGGAUUUCUGAUUUAAAAUAUCUUAUUGUGCCCUGGGAUGAGCAUUUUAAAUAACACUGUGGGUGAUUCUGAGGCAAGCUAUCUAGGAUCAUACUAUGGGAAAUUGCAGUCUAGAUAAUUGCUCAGCCAAAAUGACAUGGGUGACAAAUGAACUCAUUUAAAAAGUAGGAGUGAAGAGAAUGAUGAUCUGGAGGUAGAAUAAAGCCAAUAGCUCAAAUCCCACAUUCUGAAGUUGUGGUUAAAACAGUGUUUUCAGGAGAGAGUAUCAAUUCAGUUAAUGCUAGGAGGUAUAGAAUAUAUUAAGUAAAUCAUUUGAGGAUAUAGGUGAAUUAUUAACUUUGGAGCAGGCCCAGUGCUACUUUGGAAGGUUUGGGGAGAGAUAAGGGCAAGAGUGUUGGGGAGGAAGGGGAUUCCUCUAUGGGAAUAACAGUAUGGAAAAAUAGAGAUGACUAAGAUACAUUUACAUUUUGGGAGAUGACUGACAGUGUGGACUUAGCUAUGUACUUGUUUGUUGACAUAAUUUUUUUUUCACCUUAAUCACAAAUUCUUAAAAAAUUUUAUUGAUGUAUAGUUGACUUA